UGACUUUAAACUACUAUGAGCUCUCUGAAUUCAGGGACCCAGAGGCAGCUCUUGGAUUGGCCCUCUUUGUAUCGUAUAUCAUUAUCAGCAGACCUGGACUGAGACGCUUCAUAAUAGUUUGCUUUUGUUUCUGACAGCCUGACUUCAAUUAUGGCCACGGAAGGCAAUCAGGUUCCCCUGCGUCAGAAGCCGAGGAAGAAAACUCAAGGAUUUUUCACCAUGAGCCGGAGGAGGAUAUCCUGCAAAGAUCUGGGCCACGCUGACUGCCAGGGUUGGCUGUACAAGAAAAAGGAAAAGGGGACUUUCCUAAGCACCAAAUGGAAAAAGUUCUGGGUGGUGCUGAAGGGGUCAUCGCUGUACUGGUAUAGCAAUCAAAUGGCAGAGAAAGCUGAUGGAUUUGUCAACCUGCCAGAUUUCACAGUGGAAAGAGCCUCUGAAUGCAAGAAAAAACAUGCGUUUAAGAUCAACCACCCACAGAUCAAAGCCUUCUAUUUUGCAGCAGAGAAUUUGCAGGAAAUGAAUGUGUGGUUAAACAAACUUGGGUUUGCAGUCAUCCAUCAGGAAUCCACUACAAAGGAUGAAGAAUGUUACAGUGAGAGUGAGCAGGAAGAUCCUGAAAUAGCUGUGGAGACGCCACCCCCUCCGUAUGCUUCUGCCACUUCCUCUCCUGUGGGACGUGUAGAUGCUGCACGGCGGUCAUCUUCCUCUUCACCUCGACUGAGAGAAUCCUCAUGUUCUUUCUCCUCUCUGGAAAAUUCUGUAAAGGCACCCAGCCGGGCUUCUUCCUCGGGAUCUAAAGAAAGACAGUCCUGGCUUGGCAUGGUGAACAGCACACCUGCUGCUGAAGACGUCGGGCAGCCCCUGACAUUUACUGUACAGGUCCACACCCCUGCAUCCUCAGAGGCAAGCAAUUGCCGGGCCCCAGAAAACAGCUCUGGCAUUUCGGAAAGCGGGUUUUUGAACUCUUUAUCUAGUGAUGACACUUCUUCGUUGAGCAACAAUCAAGACCAUCUAACGGUUCCGUCAGACAGAGCUCCUGGAUCAAGGAUGAUGGGUAGAGAAGAAAUAAAAGUAUCUGAAGAUGAUGAGAUGGAGAAACUCUAUAAAUCAUUGGAGCAAGCUAGUCUGUCUCCUCUCGGGGACCGGCGACCUUCAACCAAGAAGGAGUUGAGAAAGUCUUUUGUGAAGCGGUGCAAGAACCCAUCCAUAAACGAGAAGCUUCACAAGAUCAGAACCCUGAACAGCACAUUAAAGUGCAAAGAACACGAUCUGGCCAUGAUCAACCAACUGCUGGAUGAUCCAAAGCUGACUGCCAGGAAGUACAGAGAGUGGAAGGUCAUGAACACCCUGCUGAUCCAGGACAUCUAUCAUCAGCAGCAGGUACCUCAGGACCCUGAAGUCACCCCCCAGGAACUCAAGAACCCCGGCUCUUCUGACUGUGUUGAAAAUUCUCUUUGAGCAGAAGCCAGGACUGCCCACUUCCUUUACGGUGACAUUCUACAAGACGCUGCCAGGACAUACAUUUUGCUUACAAGGAAACCCCAAACUCAGUUCCUAAGGCAAUACCCCUCCCUCCUAAGGACACAACUAAGGUGAAGCCAGUUCGGAUGCAGUGGGAGUCCUGGCUUCCAUGUGUUGCAUUCAUCAAUAUUGGAGUUAUAGAGUUCAUCUGAGCAGGCAUAUUUUCUGUGCUCCUGUUGGGAGCUGGUAGGCAUGCUAGGCUCUAGGUGGGAUGUGAAAGGGGUAACCUCCUCCUUUGCUUUCAAGAGAAUUACACCCUACCAUAGACAAAAGGUCCAAUUUUCCUAGGGAUAAUAAUUCAUAGGAAUGUUCCGUUUUGCAAUAGAAACAUGCAGAAUCCCCUUUGGUGGGCAGUAGAAUUCUGCAAAACAUUUCAAGUGGAGGGAUUUCUUCUGCAGUAGCUACUGGAACUAGACACAUGUUAGUAUUUGUGGAAUACAAGGCUCUUCUUACCUUUGGAACAGAAAGCAGUGCCUUUUCGAUGUGUUGAAUGCUUAAUUGAAGAGCAUGGCUUGGUGAGAUGGAGAGUGGGGGAGCCCAGGGAGGAGGCAUGUGUUUUGUUCCACUCAGAGGACAACUUCAUAUGUUCAUGCUCUGCCUACAGUGGGGAAUCUGAUUAAGGUGGCCCUUCCUCACAAUGUCAAGGAGACAGAUGGUCACAUGACAGUUGGGGGUCUUUGUUCUCCACCCCCAGCUUCUCUGAAAAGUGGUAGGAGAUAGUAAUACCCAUUGCAAGGAAUGUCAGACUGUGUUCAUCCCUGGCUGUGGUGCCUAAACCCAGUAUGAAUUUAUGUCCAGUUUUCCUGGGAUCCAAAUUCUCAAGGUUAUUAUUUCUGAAUUGUUCUGAACUUGGAAAAGAACAUAGACCAACAAAACAACAAAAACAGUUAAACAGGAUUGUUUUAUUUUUGUAUGUUUAUGUGUCAUAUAGUAUGAGAUGUGAAUAGCUAUCUAUGUUUCUUAUUUAAAUAUAUUUAUAGAAGUGCAAAUUAUAGUGUCUUAAAAGAGUGUACUAUUAUGUGUUGUUCAAUAUAUAUAUUCUAGAAGUCUAUCAUUUUUUGCUUGAGAAAAAUAGGCAUACUAGUGACUUACUGAAGGUGUGUUGCACUAUGAUAUGUGAAGAAUGCUCAGGAAAUCUCGUGAGAAAACUAUGGGAGCAUGUGUCAAAAAUUAUCCAUUUUCUGAAUGCCUUCUUUCUAUUAUUGCACCUCCACCCCCAGCUCCAGAGCUCUUAACUUUCAAUGCCAUUUUCCUAACUUGCACCUUAGGCUAGCUCUUCUACUCAGAAAGUUUAAGGUUUUUUACAUUAAUGGCAUAAAUGGUACACUCAAAGGAACACAUUUCAUGAAAUCUUGGGCCAAAUGAAAUAUAAGCAAUAUAAUUCCCAAAUAAUACUAAUAGAAAUUAAGAUUUGUUGUUAAAGAGAUCUCAUAGAGGGGUUGGGGAUUUAGCUCAAUGGUAGUGCUCGCCUAGCAAGCACA